AUGUUUCCUAGCAGGUACCGAAGCAGAUCAUCGAAGAGAAAGUUCGAAACCCUCAAUCACCAAUGGGUUCACCUAUUCUACCACGUCUCGAAAAUUGCCCAGGACAACAAUCUACAACUCGCAUCGCUUUGGAAAGAAGGAGGAUGGCUGUUUGAAGCUGUCUCAAAUCGCGAUAAACAGAAACUCUCAACCAAAGUCUUCGAAGAGAUCAACCGCAGGCUGGGAAUACCUAGCUUGUACCAGCAAGGCCGGAACCCGCGAAACACCCACACCUCCAAUCAUAGAGACAUCCCCACCGAGGUCUCUGCGAGCCAACAUGAUCAUACUGUCUCAGAGCUUAGACACAACGUGAAGUCGGAGCCGUCCGAAUCCGAAUUGGAGCCGUCCGAAUCUGAAUCCGACUCCUACUCCGACGGAUCGACUUCCGGCGAUGUCUCCCCUCUUGCCUUCAGAAUUGACAACCUCGGUGCUCACCGCAACAUCGAUGCCCAAUCUAGCGGUUUGUCGACAACUAGUACGACCGCAGUCCGAAUAAAAACUGAAGCAACCGAUACGUCUUCGUCGCCAUCACCAGUUCAAACGUCCAGGCUCAAUGGCAUUGUCGCGAAACUCUCACCAAGGGCUCUGAACACACAAGUCGCCGUAUCCCAGCACAGCCAGGCAAAGAGACGAUCUGAACAACUCGGUUCCUCAUCCGAGGAUGAUUCCCCGGUAUCAAUGAGACGACGUCCAAGACCCCGAAGAAUUAUCACACCCGAAGCAGAUCAGGACAGCAUAUCAUCGAUGCAGGGGAGCCGACGAAACAUCGGCAUAGACAAGGCCUUCACUCGAGAAGCAUUCGACGAGACGCUCAGUAGAUGGUCCUCCUUUGCACCAGCUGGAGGUGAGUGCAACGCCGGAAACAAAUUUGCGGAAUUGGAAGAUUGCGAGAAGGAGCUUCGUCGGUCGGAAGAAAGUUUGAAACUUGCUCAGCAAAAGCACGACGAGGUUCAUCGACAACUUGAGGCUAUUGACCAGCUCAUUGCAGUUGCCACCCCUGGCCAAAACGAAGGAGAUGCUGCCGGCAUUGGCAGACGGAGGGGCGAAAUUUGGGCGCCUCUUCUUGCUACGGCAGAGCGAACGCGAGAGGUCUUGGAGGUGGAAGCACGGGAGGAGGUAGAGCGACUGUCUACCACCGUUGAGGUUAUGAGAGCAGAUGUGGCACGUCUAACCGACGAAGCUGAGUUGCAACGACUGGCGAAAGAGGUUGCAAAAGGAAUGAAGGACAUCUCCAAGUUGAUGGAAAAGAGACGUUAA